CAACGUUGUAUCUCUUCUUCAAAGACACUUUGAUACCAUUCCAGUCCGGAGCAAAGAAGGUGUGUGUCUCCUCUCCUAGUGACUGUUGUUGUUACUGAUCAGUUCCGGAUAGACAUCAAAGACCGUUAAGCUAUCUACGUCGUCUCGAGCCCGUAUUGAACACCUGCUCCUCGCUUACCUCGCUCGGUCAUCAUUGGGUCAACCCACCUGGCACUCCCCCGCCCUUCGACCAUUCUUGGCCCAUUCCAAUAGUUCAUCCCGCGGUAUCCCAAGGUCCUUGCUGUCAAUUGAUACAGUACCAUGUCCUCGCCUUCCGAAGCACAGCUGCCGCCCACUUCGCCAGAGGCCCAAGCGCCUGGGCAUGCUGCCGCUAUCACCACAUCUACGGAGGAAUCGAAAACACCUCCUGGCUCGCCCUAUCCCUGGAAUCCCAAGGUCUUGGAGCCUGGGAACCGGCUAGACUCGCCUCUGCUCUCGUCCCACGAUCCUGCCAUGAACACGGGCGAAACGACUGCCCAGUUGGAUCCAUUCGCUAUCUCCCUCGGCAAGUCAGUCGCAAACGUCAGUGUUCGACCAUCCGCCGAGGGCCAGAAGGCAAGUGGUCAACAGAAGCCAAAGAUCGCCACCAAUACCUCUGAGAAAGCACGACCUCCUUCUACGGCCACAAGAUACUGGAACAGUACCGUUGUAUCGGAGAAUAGAGUGAAGGAAGGGCGAUUGAGACGAGCACUUCUCGAGAAGCGCAUGGAGGAUUCCAAACGACUGAGGGAACAGGGGCUCAAGAAGGCGAAAGCCAUGAGCUUCACUUCACACAUUGUCAAUGGGAGGCUUGAGAAGGAAGUCAAAUCCAAGACUACCAUUCCCGACAAGGUCAAGCAAGGUGGUCUCAAGCCUGUCUUUGGUUCAUUUGAAGGAGCUGCCACAAAGAGCUCCAAGGCAGUCAUCUCCCGAAGAGCCCAGGAGGAAUCGGUACCGAUGAGCAUCAAAGACGAGGCAGAGGCUGCCCAUGACAGCGACAUCAAAGAAGAAGCGGAUGCAAUCCCUGGAACUGGAGCGAAUGCCUCUGCGACUGGCAUGGGCAUCGAACAAGGAGCGCAUGUAUCUGAAUACGCUCAUGACGUAUCGGGUGACCUCGUUGUCAAGCUUGAACGAAUCGCCGUGUCUACCUUUUCCAAAGGGCAAUCGUCGUCAGGGCAGAGUGAUGUCAGACCAACCUUCAAGGCCGUCCAGGACGCAGAACUCGCUGGCGGGCAGGGGGAUGGGCUCAAGAUGUAGGCACAUCAAGGAGCUCUUGAACCCUGGGCUAGUUCACAAUUAUCUCGAAAUCGAUCUCACUGGACGAAAUACACCUGACAGAUGACCUAUACGAACUAUACACGGGAGAU